AUGACAGGAACAGAGCGUAAAGUCUUCCAGAAAUACUACCCACCGGACUUUGAUCCUUCAAAAAUACCCAGGGCAAAAGGACAAAGAAAUAGACAAUUCGUUCAGCGUGUUAUGACUCCGUUCAAUAUGCAAUGCAAUACUUGCCAUGAGUAUAUUUACAAAGGAAAGAAGUUCAACAUGAAGCGUGAAACAGCAGAAGGCGAAUCAUAUCUUGGUCUCAAAAUCUUUCGGUUCUACUUCAGAUGUCCUAAUUGUUUAGCUGAAAUCACCUUCAAGACAGAUCUCGAAAACUGUGAUUAUCAGAAUGAACAUGGUGCAACCAGGCUUUUCGAAGCAGUAAAGCUAUAUCAAGAUCAGCAGAAACAAGCAGAUGAGCAAGAAGCGGAAGAUGCAAAAGACCCGAUGAAAAUGCUUGAAAAGCGGACAAUGCAGAGCCGACAAGAAAUGGAAGAAAUGGGAAAUCUGGAAGAUCUUCAGGAGUCAAGCAGAACAAAAGAAUGCGUGGACACCAUUGGGUUUCUAUCAUCAACAGAUCCACAUAUUGCUCAAGCACAACGAAUAAAAUGGAUGGAAGAAGAAGAUGAUCGAAUGGCAAGAGAAUUGAUGGGAAUCACAUCAGAUGGUCGAAUUGAACGUCGAAUUAAAGAUGACGAGGAAGACGAAGAUGGAGAAGAAGAAGAAGAUAAGGAUGUUCCCGGCCCAAGCACGUCAUCUUCAAUUGUGUUAAAACCAACGAUUCCUAAGCUUGGAAUGGAAGAAACUGCGAAUACGAGGAAGAGAUUCGAACAGAAAGAUCGAUUUGCAGGGAUAAAAUUGAUCAAGAAAGCCAAGACAUCGGACCAGUCCUCUUCUUCACUCGUUGCUACACCUUCUGGGGCUCCCACAAUUUCGUGUGCUCCUGCUCCAGUUGCGUCAACCUCACAACAGCCAGUAGCCACUUCUGGUCUAUCUCUUCUUGCUGGAUACGGAUCUGAUUCGGAUUCUGAAUAA